CCGACACUUCUCCCUCUCUUCAUAUUAAUUCAACUGCCUGCUUCUCUCUCUCUCUCUCUCUCUCUCUCGCCAUUAUUCCAAAAUCUCUCUUCCGUUUCUUUCUCACAAUGCCAUUAAUAUGCCAGUGGUCAUAACAAUGGCGAAACCUGCAUCUUUCUCUUCCCUUCAACGGCUCUGUUAUUGCAUGCUUUGAUCACGACAGUUCAAAAAAUGGCUAAAAUCAGCUUCCAACGCGUUUUGAUGUUGAAGUUCGUUUCCGUGAUCUUCAUGUUCUUGAGCUGUGUUGAAGCCAUUACUGAUCCAACUGAUGUUCAAGCACUUGGGGUUUUGUACUCAUCUUUGAACAAUGCUGCCCAGCUAACUAACUGGAAAAAUAAUGCUGGUGAUCCAUGUGGAGAGUCAUGGAGAGGGGUUACCUGUCAGGGUACAUCUGUUGUUUCCAUUGAACUUCCUGGGUUAGGACUUGAUGGUACAUUGGGAUACUUGUUAUCAAGCUUCAUGUCACUGAAAACAUUGGAUUUAAGUGGUAACAACAUUCAUGACACACUUCCAUAUCAGUUACCACCAAAUCUUACCAGCCUGAAUUUUGCAAACAACAAUAUAAGUGGAAGUCUUCCUUAUUCCAUUGCUGUGAUGUUUAAUCUGAAUUACAUGAAUCUUAGUAGCAAUAUGCUCUCUCAGAAUAUUGGCAAUAUUUUUUAUAAUCUCACUAGCCUUGCAACUUUGGAUCUUUCACAUAACAACUUCACUGGAGAUCUACCAAAUUCCAUCAGUUCAUUGUCAAACAUUUCUACAUUUCAUGCACAGAACAAUCAAUUAACUGGUUCUUUAAGUUCCCUUUCUAGUCUACCUUUGACAAAUAUAAAUAUAGCAAACAACAAUUUCACUGGAUGGAUACCAAAGGAGCUUCUCUCUAUACCUACUUUCAUAUAUGAUGGAAAUUCAUUUGAGAAUGCUCCUGCUCCUCUUCCACCUCCAUACACCCCACCUUCACCCCUUAUAAUCAAUAACAAUAGAAGCCAUUCUCUUCCAAGUGUGCCUACAGGCUCUAAUGGUCAACUGUCAAGAAGUAGUAAUCAGAAAAAGCUGAGGAUUGGAGCUAUUUUAGGCAUAAGUUUGUGUUCUGCACUCUUGCUCUUUUUAGGGUUUCUUUUACUCGUCUUCUGCCUUCGAAAAGGGGUAAAAACGGAAAAGGGUCAUAAAACUUCUACAGAAAGCCAUCCACUCAGUGUUAAUACAGAAAUGCAAGAGCAGUGGGUAAAACCAACAGAAGAAAACACGUUUGAGAUACAAAAUUAUGGGUCUACAACUACAAAGAGUGUUGGGUCUCCUAUAACAUCAAUCCCAUACACAGUUGCAGCUUUACAAACAGCAACCAACAGUUUCAGUCAAGAAAACAUAAUUGGUGAAGGCUCUUUAGGUCGUGUUUACAAAGCAGAGUUCCCCAGAGGGAAGAUGAUGGUCAUCAAGAAAAUAGAUAAUUCAGCAUUGUCACUACAAGAUGAAGAUAAUUUUGUAGCAAAUGUUUCAAAUAUGUCACGACUAAGGCAUCCAAACAUAGUUCUGUUAGAAGGAUAUUGUGUAGAGCAUGGACAACGCCUUUUGGUUUAUGAAUACAUUGCAAAUGGGAGUUUGCAUGAUUUGUUGCAUUUUGGUGAUGAGCAGAACAAGUCCCUCACAUGGAAUGCACGUGUUAAAGUAGCACUCGGCACAGCUCGAGCCCUAGAGUAUUUGCAUGAAGUUUGCAUGCCAUGUGUUGUACAUAAAAACUUCAAGUCAUCAAACAUUUUACUCGAUGAGGAGCUCAACCCUCAUUUAUCAGACUGUGGUUUAGCCGCUCUUACACCAAACACACAGCGGGAGACAUCAACAACACAGACAGUGGGUUCAUUUGGUUAUAGUGCCCCUGAAUUUGCAUUGUCGGGUAUUUAUACUACAAAAAGUGAUGUUUAUAGCUUUGGAGUCGUAAUGUUGGAGCUUUUGACUGGUCGAAAGCCACUCGACAGCUCGAGAGUGAGAUCUGAGCAAUCACUUGUGAGAUGGGCGACCCCUCAACUUCAUGAUAUAGACUUAUUGGCUAAAAUGGUUGAUCCUUCACUCAAUGGCAUGUAUCCUGCCAAGUCUUUGUCUAGGUUUGCUGAUGUCAUUGCCCUUUGUGUUCAGCCCGAACCAGAGUUUCGGCCUCCCAUGUCUGAAGUUGUGCAAGCAUUAGUUCGUUUAAUGCAAAGGGCAAGCAUGGCCAACAAACGAUCUAAUGGGGACUCAGGAUUCAUAUACAAAACCCCUGAUCACGACAUGUUAUAUUAACAUAUAAACCUCAUUUCUAAAUGUGAUGUGUAUAAUAUUUGUAUAGAUACAAUUCAUAUACAUCAAAAGCUAGUUGCUUCAUGUACAAGUAUACCGUGAACGGGGUACAAAUUUUGUAACACAUAGUACAACCACU